AUGAAUUGCAUUUUGCGCGGAGGGAGGAGACCCACUUUGGCAGAGUCCAACACGCUGUGGGCCGUAUCGCGCCGAACCUUUUAUGCCUCCAAAUGGGUAAGGCGGUUACAACUGCUAAACGAAAAGUAUAAUUACAAAAUAAAUACAGAGGAACAAGCAGAGUACGAAGAAAAAAAAGAAGAUGAUAAAAUUGAGAAAGUCUACCCAUUAUGGAACAGCAGGAGGACAGGAUUGCUGGCAUACAAAGUGGGCUGUAUGAGUAUAUGGGAUGUGUGGGGUGUGAAGCAUGCAGUGACAGUUUGCAAAAUAAAUCACUGCUAUGUUUUGAAUCAAAAAAAUAUUACGAAGAAUGGAUAUGAAGCGUUGGAAAUAGGAAUAGGAAAUAUGAAUAUCGUUAAGCAGAGUAAAAAUAACAUAGGCAAUUAUAUAAAAAGGAAGUUAGGGUUCAUUCACAAAAUAAAAGAAUUCAAAUGCACGAGUGAUUGCUUUUUGCCUGUACAACAUAAAUUUUCCGCGAGGCAUUUUUCCCCAGGCCAAAAUUUGUUUAUUAGUUCUACUAUAAAGAAUAAGGGCUUCUGUGGGGCCAUGCAGAAAUGGGGGUUUAGUGGGAAAAACGCUUCACAUGGCACGGAAAGUAAAGCACAUAGAAGCUUAGGUAGUGUCUCCAUGGGGAAAACGAUUAACAUUGUCUUCAGGAACAAAAAAAUGAAUACUCACAUAGGGGAGAAGACUCUCGUCAAAUGUAGCAAUAACAAACUCUUUCGAAUUAACAGCUUACAAAAUCUGCUGUUUAUUAAGGGACCCAUUGGUGGAUACAAAAAUAAAAUUAUUAAAAUUUCCGAUGCCAAGGGAAGGGCCUUUAAUAAAUUUAAGGACAAAAUUUACCUCUACUACCCCACUUUUAUAUAUAAGAAGAACAGGAAGUAUAAGAAUAUCAUUGAUAUGCCUCACAGCUUGCAGGACCCCUUUCUCUACAAUGAGAUUCCGCUCUACGAGCCGACCAAC